AAUGUUCCCAGCCUGCUCUGCUGCUUAUGACGUUUCAACAUGGCGUCGCUCUGCAAGGUGAUGCACAACGUGAGCUCCAGAUCACAUUUACUGCCAAAACACUGCGUUUUUACCACGCUCAGAUCAUUAUACAGCUCCGAUGCGAGCGGAGGAGAUAAUAAAUCACCUGAGAAGGUGAAGAGCGGGUUUGCAGUCGCAUAUGAGCUGCAUUCGGACCUUCAGCAGAGCGGCGAUCAGAGCACAGCGUCGCGGAUGAGCUUCAAAGACGAGACCUCCUUCGCAUCGCUCCUGCGUCACUCCGCGCUCACGCAGAUGGGUCCGGCCAAAGACAAAAUCGUCAUUGGGAAAAUCUUUCAUAUCGUCAAUGACGAUCUAUAUAUCGACUUCGGAGGGAAGUUCCACUGUGUGUGCAAGAGGCCCUCCACGGACGGGCAGAAGUACCAGCGGGGCAGCAGAGUGAGGCUGAGGCUGGAGGAUAUGGAGUUGACCUCGAGGUUUCUGGGAGCGACCGUCGAUACGACGCUGCUGGAAGCGGACGCCACUUUAUUGGGACUGAUCGAGAGCAAAGAGACCAAGACGAAGGAGUAGUUGCCAUUGGGAACAUUCAAACUGAACUAUAUGUGUGAAGAAAUGGACUCUGUACUGUGUAUGAGAUAUAAAAUUUAAAAUUGCAUCUCGA